AUGCCGGCCCGAGGCGACGCGCGUCUGGGAAGGGGGCAGCUGGGGCGUGCAGCCCCACGGGUGGGCGCGGGCGCGGGUGCGGACCGAUGGAGGGCGGCGGGCGGCACGUGUUGGGCGCGGAGUCGGAGCGGGGCGGGAGCCGAACGGGCAGCCCGCGCCGGGGCCCAAGCAGCCGUCGGAGGGGCACGCGGCGAGCGAGCGGGUGACGGAGGCGGCUUCCGCGGGCAGGGGGCUCGCCGCCGACGCGCACUCCGCCGAGGGCGAGCCGCGGGGCUGGCGGGGGCGGGGGCAGGGGGCGGGGCGGGCGGUGCUAACGCCCACGGCAGGGGCGGAGACGCGCCCGGGCAAGGCGGCCCCAGCUUCUUGGCACGCUCCUCACCUGCGAGACGGCCUGCGCCAGGAACUGCGAAAGCUCGUUGGAGGGCCGGUGGUGAUGGCGGCGGCGGACUUCUUCGGCGCUGCCUGACUCGGCCGCCCCCGCCGCCCCCGCCGCCGCAGUCCAUGCCGCUGCGCGGGACAGCCUCGCGGAUCCUGGAAGACAGGAGAAACGCGCGCGCAGCAGCGACGCUCUGGACCCGGACUUUGUAUAACUUUUUGUGUAAUAUUCAUCUAAAAGUUGAAUCUGAAAUUUGUUAUUUUUUUCGUCCCUUGGCAGAAACUAUUUUGCUUACCCAGACAAAAACUCACGCCACGCCGCUGCUAAACACAGCAACUGAGCUUGCUAAUUCGUACGAUGAAUCACAAAAGAAGGCUCUCAGAAGAGAAAUGGAGGAACAAAAAGGAGGUGGAGGUGUGGCUAAAGAUGUUUUUCUGAAUGAUGAGUUUUCUAUGGAUGCAGAUGUAAACUGUACAAUUGCUCAUUUAACAUGUGAUGCAAAGACAAAUAGAACAGAUCUGGAAAUGUCUCAGAUGCAUGAAGAAUUAUCGUUUGAGAAUGAACUCAAACUACUAGAACUUGUGAUAUCAAACCCUGAUGGAAACCAUGUUUUGUUGCCCACUGAAAGCAAAGAGACUAUCUGCCCAACAGAUAAUUUGCAACCCUGCAGAACAGAAACCUCUGUUUCACUGGCGAAGACAGAAUUUUCUCAAAAUGAAGUACCAAAAAAGAAUUCUCAUCGUAAAGGAGAUGUAAUGAUUUUGAAGGCAUUAUCAGAUAAGGCGUGGGAGAAUGAAAAGCGAAAACAAGAAUGUUCUAAGAAAGAUUCAAAUGAUAUGCCUAAUAUUCCAAGUUCAUCUGAUCAAAAAACAGCACCAUCUGGAUUGCAAGAAAACCAAGCCCUUUGGCUGAAUGAUAUCAAAAAACAUUUUGAGGUAUUUCCUGGCCAUCACUCGUGUAAGAAAUGCAAGUUUAUUAUAACUCACAACUUCACCAUGGAGGAUAGGCUGCACCCAAGGGGUUCUAAUUGCGAGCUGUGCAGCAAGGCUCUGUUUCAUAAUCAGGGUAUUAACAACGAUGAAGAGGAGCUGUUGCCUAUAUGCAACCUGUGUAAGAAUCUGUUGAAACACUUAUAUAAACAUGAAAACAUGGUGCAUCCACAUACAGAUUUUUUUCUUGAAAUAAAGAAAAUAUCUUUUGUUUAUAAAAAGUACUUUGAAAGAACUUUAACAUAUUAUUCAUGUCAAUUUCUAAAUUUGAUGGAGACUAAUGGCAAAAUAAUUGAGGACCCUCGGUAUUUUAUUACAAAUGAAUGUUUCAGAUAUAUGUUUGCAAAAUUUGUAAUUUUUAAUACUAUUUGUAAAGCAAUCGAGUUAUUGUUAAUUAGUAUUAAUUCGACAUUAAGUAAUCAAAAAUGUGUUCUCAGUGAAAAUGUGCAAAAUGCAUUUUGCAUAGUUAAAUCCGCAAAAUUAUUUCUUCUAAAUUCCAGUGUAAAUGGAUGGUCAUAUUUUGAAUUAUUUCCAGUACAUUGUAUUUUAGAACUCCCUUCUUUGAAAUCGUGA